AUGUCACCAAGUUAUCGGUCCGAUAAAGUCUCACAGUUGGUGCUGCAGAUAUACCGUGAGCCGUCCGGCGCCGCGCUCUCUCGACCCUUUGCUCAGAUUGACUUGCGGCAUGUGCUGUUGUCCAACGUUUGUGUGAUCAGGAUCAAGGCCUUUGAAAGCUGGGGCCUUGAUAUCUCGAUCUCCGGCCACCUGAACUUGGGUGUCCUAGCGCCAUCUAAGCGAAAUGGCGACACUGCAGAAUACCGGGGCACUGAGGAAGCAAUGCCUUAUCUUUUUGAUCGACUAGUCGCUGACACCACCGCCAAAUUGUCUGGGCAACAUUUUGAUAACGCAUAUGAUGCGCUACGCUUGGCUGAGAACGAACUUCUGUCUAGCCUCCAAGGCUCGGAUCUUGCAGGCAUCCUCGACUUUACUGCGCUUGAGCUUACCGCUGUGAAUAACCGGAGACGGCGCUUCACCCAGUCUAUCUUGCUGUACGCAGAUGGUACACCACAUUACACGACUCCACCUCGCAAUGCCCUUCCUUCAGCGGCGCAGGACGCAGAAGCGGAUACCUGUGUCUCUAACAUCACCUUAGAGGGUGCUCAGGCGCAAACGGAAACCACGCCAAUCAUUAUGCGCGCCCAGGAGUUCCGGACGCUCCAUACUGAAACAACGCGCAAACUUGGGAUCCCCUCUGCUCAGGUAACGUUGAGUAUGGACAAUCCUUCAUCUUCCGAGAAGGAAUACUGCAGCGUUGAUAUGGCGGUCGAGCAAUUGGAAAUGCAUUGCCAGAGGACUGACCACACUGCACUGCUCGGAUGCCUGUCAGCAGCUGCCGCGCUUUCAGAGUCGUUUCCCAAAGUGUUGACCCUAAACCUAGAAGCCAGACCGUUACAGAUACAGAGUCGGUACAAUAACGAGCUGAACGAGAGCUUUGCCGCAACCGUGACGUUACACGUUCGCGGCUUGAGGUUCCCUAGGCCAACCGUCCGACUCCAUAACGUGGACCUACACUAUGGGCAGGUCAGGAUCAACAGCCUUGGGCCUGAAAGUGUUAGGAUGAGACAAAAACUAGCCAUCGGUUUCCGCACGGCCGUGAGACACCCUGGGAGAGGCUUGACGAUCAGCUCCCCGAAGAGCUUGUCCGACGAGAUCGGGCGGAUCUUCUAUCUUGCAUCCAAUACCGCUGAGAUGCUUGCCUCAAGGAUGCCCUUUGAGCGCCCUGAAUCAGUUCCCAGGCUCAUGUCGGAGGCCAUUCUACGCGUAUUGCAAGUGCAGAAUAUGGUUCCUGAGGUGGACCAUGUUCAGAUCGCAACGAAGCUCUACAACGCGGAUGGCACAGUCCGGAGCUUGUUCACAGAUGCUGCCACUGCCCAACUUGACCCUCAAGGGGAGCCAGACGAUGUCGACGUAGCGUUGGUCGACAGAGAAACUGCUCAAGUCGACGAUCCCCGAGAUAUUCCUGCAAUGAAGACUGCAGCUGGGCAGCGGAUUUCCCAUGAAGAGGCCGCUGCGCACCCAAUAGGUGCUCCACCGUUUAGUACACGUCGAGAUGCGCCCGAACUACCGCGGGAGGCACAGAACACAGCCGUUGUACGAGACCUGGACUAUCAACAGGAAGAGUCUGAGCCCUGGCUAGAGGAGCCGCGAGACUCCGAGGAAGAUACAUGUGCCACAAAUGACCAUGUGGCAUCUGAGCGCAGUACCAACGACAGAACCGGAAAGGAACUAGCCGCCGUGAGAAAGGAGGAUAACCCAGGUGUGCCGCUUGCAGACAGCGGCGAGACAUCGGCGAGUGGACCUACGAAUGAAGGAUUCCGCGUACUCGAAGAGCAUACCGGGUUUCAGAGAUACGGUUUGAGGACAAACUGGGACAAGCCACCACCCACACAUCCGGGCAUGGACUCAUUCGUUCCGCAGACUAUGAGGGGCAACACAGAGUGCGGCAUUCGAUACAUUCGAAGCUUUUCCUACAGCAUCAUGGCCGCGGUGCCUGACCAGCCAUCCGUAGCAGUUGCUUUCGCUACAGGCCCGCCAGCAACCGAGAGCCUUCUGACUGGCUCGGACACUCUAAAACUGAUUCUGCGCUCAAGACGCUUUACGAAGUCGAAUGGCGUUCGAGUUUCUCCGCCACUCUCGGCUACCCUACGCUUUCCCACCUUGAAGGGGCUGGCUUGCGCCCGUUACGGGGCAUGCGACGUCAUAAUAAAGAGCACUGGGCAUUUACUCGAUAGCAAAAAGGACGACGACGGAGGGCAAAAUCUUGCGAGCAUUCUGCUAGCGCUCACCGACCGCCUGAAGACAAUCAUUUUUCCGAUUCUUGCAGACGAUGCCACCAGCAGAAAUUGUGAUGAGUUGGCAUGUCACGUGGCCAAUGCACUGAAGGGAGCCCGCAAGAUCUUUCCAGAAGCUCUGCGUCCAAGAAUGUUUGUCGUUGAGCUUCGUCAAAAGCGCCUAGCUGAGCGCCGCGCCGGUCUCAAACUGUUGGGCGUUGGGAAGUCGGACUGCAGCGGAAACGCAUAUCGUGAUACCACGUUUCUCGCACUCGGCAGUAACAUCGGCGAGCGACUGCAAACCAUCGAGGAGGCAUGCCGUCUAAUAGAUAAGUCUGGCGAGAUACGUAUCACUGGAACCAGCCCGCUGUACGAAACCAGACCCAUGUACGUCGAGGAGCAGGAUUUGUUCCUGAAUGGUGUUUGCCAGGUAGAUACUUCGUUGGGACCGACCGAGCUUCUCGACAAGCUACAGGCGAUCGAACAGCAGCUUGGCCGGGUGAAGACGGUUGAGAAGGGCCCGCGUAGUAUUGACCUAGAUAUACUGCUCUACAAGGGAAAGCGAUUGGCAACUGAGCGGCUCACAAUACCACACGCUCUGAUGCAUGAGCGCGAAUUUGUUCUGCGACCGUUAGCGGACAUCACCCAAGACGUGGUUGAUCCACUCAACGGAUCCGCCGUCAAUUUGUUACGAACAGUGGAGAGCAAACCACGAAACAUGUUCCCUUACACACCACUGGGCCCGGAGAACGCUGCAAUCAGGGCUAUCGACCCCCAGCGUCCAACCCGCAUUAUGUCCAUCCUGAACAUGACACCAGACUCGUUCUCCGACGGUGGCACUCACUUGACCACCGACUCCGAAGCCCUCAAGCUCACGAUAGCGCGGCAUAUCGCCGGAGGCGCCACUAUCAUCGAUGUCGGCGGACAAUCAUCGCGACCAAACGCACCGGACGUCACGGCUGAAGAUGAGUGUCUGCGAGUACUUAAAGCGAUCGAAGCGAUCAAGUCUCUUCCGGAGGCGAAGGAUGUUGCCAUCUCAAUCGACACCUACCGUGCGACGGUCGCCGAGGCAGCGAUCAAAGCAGGCGCACAUAUCGUAAAUGACAUCUCCGCCGGACUUCUCGACCCGGAGAUGCUACCGACAGUGGCAAGACUGGGUUGCACGUACGUGAUGAUGCAUAUGCGUGGCACACCCGCCACGAUGCAAAGCGAUGAGAACACCUCCUACCCGGACGGACUUGUUAGAACCAUGAUCGGGGAGCUCAGCGCCCGUCUUAAUGCGGCGCAAGCCGCUGGCAUCCGUCGCUGGCGGAUCAUUCUCGACCCCGGUAUUGGUUUCUCAAAGACGCAAGAGCAUAAUCUCGAGAUCUUGCGCCGACUACCGGAGCUCAUCAAUGCGCCUGAUCUGCAGAAUAUGCCUUGGCUGGUUGGCAGCUCAAGGAAGGGCUUCAUUGGUAAGAUCACCGGUGUUGAGACCGCUAGGGAGCGGACCUGGGGCACCGCGGCUACAGUGGCGGCUGCUGUACAAGGUGGAGCGGACGUUGUAAGGGUGCAUGACGUGAAGGAGAUGGCGCAGGUGGCCAAAAUGGCGGAUGCGAUGUAUAGGCGGCAAUAG